ACAGAUGCAUGGCUAAUGCCCUGGAGCUCUCUGGCAUUGAGGAGAAACAAAAGCAGAUUUCUUCUCCCCCCCCACCUCUCAGCAGUGAGGAUAAAGGGGAUGCUUUUGUGCUUCCCUUGCAGAAGGGCUCAGUGUGCUUUGCAGAGGGGACCUGGCUCUGUUCAGAGCCCUAAUGUGGAUGGGAGCGCUCCAAGAGGGAAGUUGAGUCUUUGCUAGGUCCCACCUGGAGAACACUACUUGUGGGCAAGAUGCAUCGAAUGAUGAAGGAAGAAUCAAGUUUCAGGGCAAGCAGCCUGGAAAAAGUGACGCGGGACCCCAGCAAAGAAAAGCUGCACGUGAAGCUCUGCAGUGGGUCCUGCCAUGCCGAGCAGAUCCUCCAGACACUCAACUCCUACAGGCAGAGCGGCAUCUUCACCGAUGUGGUGCUGUUAAUUGAUGGACAAGAGUUCCCCUGUCACCGCGCCACUUUGUCAGCCAACAGCACCUAUUUCCGAGCCAUGUUUGGUGGCAAUCUCAAGGAAGGCCACCAGGAUAUCAUUAAUAUCCAGAAGAUAUCUGCUUCCACUAUGUCUCUCCUUCUUGAUUAUAUGUAUGGGGGGAACAUCAUCAUUCAGGAGGACAAUGUUGAAAGCAUCUUGGAACUGUCUGACUUGCUGCAGAUCUCCAAGCUCAGGGAUGCAUGUGUUACCUUCCUUGAAGGCCAGCUUCACCCAUGCAAUUGCUUGGGCAUCAUGAAGUUUGCCGAUUCAUUCUCCAUUGCUUCUCUGACAGAGAAAAGCAAGAGGUUCAUGCUGGAGUGUUUUGUGGAGGUGUCGUGUCAUGAGGAGUUCCUGGAGAUGGAUGUGAAGGAGCUGGUUGAGUAUCUGUCCGAUGAGGAGCUGGUGGUCCCCAAAGAGGAAGUGGUCUUUGAGGCUGUGAUGCGCUGGGUACGGCAUGAUGUACCUGCCAGGAAGGGAGCCUUGAAGGACCUCCUUGAGCAUGUGCGCCUGCCCCUGCUCAACCCCACCUACUUCCUGGAGAAGGUGGAAAUGGAUGGGCUCAUCCAGGACUCUAAGGAGUGCAUUCCUCUACUGCACGAGGCCCGCAAGUACUACAUCCUGGGGAACGAGGUCAGCUCUGUGCGAUCAAGACCCAGAAGGUUCAUGGAGCUGUCAGAAGUCAUCAUUGUCAUUGGGGGCUGUGAUAAGAAAGGCCUCCUGAAGCUGCCCUUCACAGACCUCUACCACCCAAAGAGCAGGCAGUGGACAGCCCUCUCUAGCGUGCCUGGCUACACCAAGUCAGAGUUUGCUGCCUGCACACUGAAGAAUGAUGUUUACAUAUCAGGAGGACACAUCAGCAGCAAUGAUGUUUGGGUGCUGAGCUCCCAGCUGAAUGUCUGGAUCAAGGUUGCUUGUCUGCAGAAAGGCCGAUGGAGGCACAAAAUGGCAACUCUUCAGGGCAAGAUCUAUGCUGUGGGAGGCUUUGAUGGUUUCUACCGCCUCUCCAGCGUGGAGUGCUACGACACCUUCUCCAACACUUGGUCAACCUUGGCCCCGUUGCCUCAGGCCGUGAGCUCGGCGGCUGUGGUCUCCUGCCUCAACAAGCUCUAUGUGCUGGGAGGUGCUGUGGAUGACACCGCUAACACCGACAAGGUCCAGUGUUAUGACCCAGAGGACAACAAGUGGACGCUCUUGUCUCCCACCCCUUUUUACCAGAGGUGCAUCAGCGCCGUCUGCUUGGACAACAUCAUUUAUGUUGUAGGUGGACUCCUCAGUAAAAUCUUCAGCUAUGACCCAAGGAAAGACAGUUGGAGAGAAGUGGCCACCCUCCCUGGGCCUCUGGAGAGCUGUGGCCUGACGGUGUGCGGAGGGAAGAUCUACAUCCUGGGUGGCCGGGAUGAGAAUGGGGAAGGCACGGACAAGGCGUUCACUUUCAACCCGGUGACAGGCAGUGUGGAGCAGCAGCCGCCGCUGCAGCGCUGUACCAGUUACCACGGCUGUGUGACCAUCCUGCAGCACACGAAUAGAUGACCACAGGGCUCCAACUGCAUCCACCUCCCACCCAGAGCCUCCUCUUGAGACAGUGGCCAUGCAGCAUGUGGACAGACACCUCGCCUUUGUGCAGGAGGGGCAAUAGAAGCCACUGAAGAUGCUCCAGCCGGCUCCUGAGUAGCCUCUGUUUUGUUAUUUCUGGCCUGAUGAUGCCAAUGGCUUUGAUGCUGAUCUGGGUGAGAGGAUGAAAAGGUGCUGGGCUGUGUGUAGCUGCAUUGGAGACCUUGCCACAGUAGGAUUCAAGCAUCCCUGCAGCCCCUGGGACUACUGAAUUUGACCUUUACUUAGGUGUUCCCGGCUGUAGAUUACAGUUUUCCUUUAUGUUGGCAGCAGAGGCUCACAGUCCUGCAAGGACAUGUAAUUGCUGCUUUCUGAUGCCCAAGACUGUUGCAGUAACAAACUACAGUUACAGGAUCCAAUCCUUUAGCUAAAGCUACCAGGUAUUUAUGCACUUCGCCCUGUAGAACCCUGUGUCAAACCACGGUGGUGACCUAAAUGAUCAUUAAUGUCCAUGAACAAUUAGACCCAUUACAGUGGAGAGCUGAGAUUGAGACUUCAAUGCUGAUAUCCUAAGAAAAUCUCUGCACUCAGUCCACAAGAACCUGGUUAAAUAGUCCAAGCUCUGGCUCCAUUCUGUAUGUCCUGCAUGAGGGUUUAUUCCCUUAAAGCCCAGACUGCUGUCUCUUUUCAUACAUGUUUUGUGGUUGAAUUGCUACCUCACUGUGUCUUUGGAAUUGAGAGGACAAGUGAAUGAUGUAGCCAAGAGUUCCUUCUUCAUAAAGCAGAGGUAGGGAGAAUAUUAACAUGUAGGAAUGAAGCAUGAAGACCUGAAGCAUGGUAGCCACAGAAUCACAGCUGACUCAUUUUGGCUCUGCAGUAUGCUAGCAAGUAUUAAAAUAAACUCAAUACUUAACAGUAUUUCAAACAGAAUCCCUUGGAGCCAGAAUGUGUAGCUCAUUUGGAGAGUGAGCUUUUGAUUACACACACUGUGUUGUUCUAAGCCAGUUGGUCUCAGGUCUAGAAAUGAUCCUGAGCACAUAUGAUUUGGUAGAAGAGCCACAGCUUUUGGUGUCAGUGUCUUUACUCCAUGACUGGAACUGGUAAUUUCAGAUGGCUCCAUGUAUAUGUUCAUGUUGUUUAAGUAGGGACUUAGUUGCUGCUAAAUGUAGAGUGGGGUCUCUUAAACUCCCAUUACUUGUACAUUGUGGGGUGUACCCCUCUACAGCAGGCUGCUGGCUGGCUGCUGGUUUCUCUGCACCUUCCUUCCCUCACCCCAACAAAGAGUUCUUCCUGAAGCAGAGGAAAUAACUAUGUCCACUGGCCCAGAUGCUCCCCUUUCAGGGCCAUUUAGUUGUCUUAAAUCAAGUUUUGACUGUUUCCCCAAUUUGGCUGGUUUUUAUGAAGUCCUCUUUAGUACGUCUGUCAACUCUGAGAACUUCACCUCUUCUUUGUGAUGAUACGAGGCUUACCUGUACAACAUGGCAAACAGAAGUCCCUUCUGAUGAACCAAAACUGGCUGUACCUGGGGCACAUUGAUCUCCUCUUCUCUUUAGGAAGUGUGUGCUCUUCCAUUGCCCAAGUGACAAGCACAGUGUUUCACUGCAUGAAAAGUACCUUAUGCUCUUCAUAGUCACAUCUGCAAAGUCUCAGGGCUAUCAGAGUAAUUUUGAUCAUCAAGGUGCAUUAUUUGGAUGUUUUCAGCCUCAAAUUCUCCUUACAUGGGGGUUACCCUUUUUAUCAGAUCACGAGCAGCACAAUGUGUCCUUUAAGCAAUAUAAAGGAGAUUCAGUGCUCAUACAGAUUAUUCCCAUGAGGGGAGAAAAGGAAAUUCAUGCUGAUAAAAGGUAAUUUUAUUUGCAAUCAAAUUGCAUGCACAGUUGGGUCUAUAAUGGGAAUGGAGAUUUCAGGAGAAACUGGCACCUUUCCUUCAGUUGGUUAAAUUGGCACAAAAGAAAGCACAAGCAUAUCAACCCAUGCUGUGACAGCCUUCAGGGCCAGAGCCUCUAUCCUCCUAUAGCCUGAUUUCCUGAGGACCACAAACCACAGUCCAUCUUUCCUCCCCUUUUUUGCCUCUCUUACUGUUCCCCUCUGCCUUAAGAAAUUCAUAGCUUUGGUAUGGGCACCCCUUUGAAGUGUGUGUCUUGGGACUCAGUAUCACCACCUUGUCCCAUGAUUGAUAUGAAAGAGUGGUUUGGGUUGGAAGGGACCUUAAAGCUCAUCCAGUUCCAACCCCCUGCCACGGGCAGGGACACCUUCCACUAGAGCAGGUUGCUCCAAGCCCCUGUGUCCAACCUGGCCUUGAACACUGCCAGGGAUGGGGCAGCCACAGCUUCUCUGGGCACCCUGUGCCAGCGCCUCAGCACCCUCACAGGGAAGAACCGCUUCCUUAGAUCUAACCUGAACUUCCCCUGUUUCAGUUUGAAACCAUCACCCCUUGUCCUAUCACUCCAGUCCCUGAUGAAGGUCCCUCCCCAGCAUCCUUGUAGCCCCCUUCAGACAGUGAAAGCUGCUCUGAGGUCUUCACACAGCUUCUCUUCUCCAGGCUCAACAGCCCCAAUGUUCUCAGCCUGGCUCCAUACGGGAGCUGCUUCAGCCCCUGAUCAUCCUCGUGGCCUCCUCUGGUCUUGCUCCAACAGCUCCAUGUCCUUCUUAUGUUGAGGACAGCAGAACUGCACACAGUGCUGCAAGUGGGGUCUCAAGAGAAAAGAGAAGAAGCUUGGAUCAUUCCACUCAGCUGAAGGAUGAGGAAACUCUUAUUCCUGUUUUGUCAUGAUGGAAAGAGUAUUCCAGAGAAAAUGAAAAAUGAUUUGUCUUGGCUGAUUCUUGCUUUCCUUGUUGUGGCAGAAGAACACAAAGCAUGAACCUGUCUGCCACUACAAUCUGCUUCAGUGUGAGAAGACUUUCCUCAGGCCACAAGUAAAGCACCUCCUUGCCAUGUUUACAGCAACGCACAGACUUGCUGCGAGUGCUCUGUAUAGCAAAAGAUGUAGAAGGAAGUAGUGAUCAUCUGCAAAGCAUGUGCAGUAGUUCCAGCUUUGUGUAUUUAAGCUUCUAAAAACAAAAUAAACAACUUCUUUUGCACUCCAAA